GCUACCAGAGAGAAGAGAAAGGGCAGAAAAAGCGCGGGCCGAUAAACUGAGCGUGGCGCGCGUGGGUGGCUCGUCCAUGCGGCCGGUCGGCUGUGCACGCCGGUCGAGACUCGAACGCACUCUUGGUUUGCCCUCGAUCUUCCCACACCACCUCCAUUAUGCAACUCUACCUUGCGACCCUCGCGCUCAGUCUCGCCAGUAUCGUCGAUGCGCAGCCCAUCUCGGCCAUUGGGUACCCGGGCAACCUCUUCUUUGCGCAAGCGUCGAGUAGCGCGAUCGCCCAAGCGGGCACGCUUCAGCACGCCAAGAGCAACUUUGCCAACCACGCCGACAGCAACAGCGGCAACGUUGGCAUCGCCAAGUCGCUCGUGAUCGACAGCAACCACGCAAGCCAAGAAGCCAACGACCGCGGCUACCAAGACGCGACAGCACAAAAGAAUGCGCUCCAGCAGAGCCAGACGCGCACGGGUGCGAACGGCGCCGUUCUCUCGCCGUGGGUGCGCCACCUCCUUGGCAACUGCGGCGGGUUGGGCUGUGGUGGCGGCUGUUUUGGCUGCGCGGUGCCGCCAUCGGUCUUGUCGGCCGCCAACAAGCAAGCCAGUGCGCUCAACCAAGGGGGUACGUACAACGAAGCGAACCAAGGCCGCGCCUCGGAUGCCCGCCAGCACGCCAAUACGCAGCAAAUUAUCAAGCGCGACAUUAACCAGAAGGGCUAUGCCAACGCCAACGCCAACUCGGAGUCCAAUGCACACGCGCUCUCCAAGGGCAACUUUUUCGCGGCCAACAACAUUGACCAAAACCAACUCGUGGUCCAGAACCCGGGUCUCUUCUUGCGCCGUGCCUAGUUGCCAUGGCGUGCGUCAACUAAGAUCUUAGCAUCGCUGAUUGUGCAAACUCGAUUGAAUGGACGAAAAAUCUAUUUUUAGCAAUUGUGUCG